CGCGUGGUAGAGUUGUAGAUGUUACCGCAUACAACAAAACUUGAUACCAUCGUUCAUGAAGCCGCACAGUCGAUCGCAGACCAUCGGGCGCUGCGUUUAAACCAUACGCAAACACAUUAUCGCGAACAAAUAACAUGCCGUCAAACUCAAAUUCGGAGAACUUAAAACGAUGGCUGUUUUUUUUUUGGAAUGAAACUUAAUAACCACGGCCCAUUGUUAAUUAAAAAUAUAUUAAAACGACAGUGGUGAUGUGCGCGUUAAAAUUUAAAAAAUGAACAAUUCCACAGAAAUAAAUGAGACCAUCUUCUUGGAGGAAGACAUGUACUUGGGAGGCAAACUCUGGUUAGCCUUAAACCUAUUCUUGACAGCGUCCACCCUUGCAGGAAACAUCCUGACCAUGGCGGCGAUAAUAUACACGAAGAAGUUGUCCGGCCUGGUGGCUAAUCAGUUUAUUUUUAGUUUGGCGGUUAGUGACUUAUUAGUGGGUUUAUCGAUACCAUAUCAUAUGGCAUUUUAUUGGGUGAAUUCGUUCGGCAAUAGCCAAGUUAAAUGUCUUUUGCGUUUUGCCCUGAUUAGCUUCGCGAUGGCCAGCUCGAUCCUCAAUCUUUUGUGCAUAGCAACUGACCGAUACUUGGCCAUAGUUUACCCUUUUCUGUAUACGAGGUAUAUGACAAGAAGGACGUCCUUAGUGAUGAUAGUGUUUGUUUGGAGUUUGUCAUUUUCCAUUAUUUUGACGAUUAUUUUUUGGAACGAUUGGCAAGAGGGUGUAUCAUGUGAAAUCAUCAAAGUUCUUCCCGAGGGUUUUAUAAACUUUUUUGUUUGCCCAUUAUUUGCAACUGUUUGGGUGAUUCUCCUUUUUCUGUAUUCAAGAAUAUGCAGAGAAGCGACAGGACACGCCAAAAGAAUCAGAAGUACAAAUUCAGUGCCAAAUGUCAGAGAUUCGAAAUCAUUUCAGGUGAUGAUAAUAAUUCUGGGCUGCUUUUCUGUGUGCUGGUUGCCGUUUUUCGUGGUGCUCACUUACGCGAGAACAACCGGCCUAAUAGGCAAAGGCAUCUACGAGAUAUCCUUUACAUUGGCCGUGGCCAACUCGGGCAUGAACCCUCUCAUAUACGCUUGGAAAAACGCAAACUUUCGCAAAGCGUUCAGCUGUCUGCUGCGCUGUCAGAGGCCGAAUGUGUGUAGCGCGGCGUUCGUUACGAAUCACGUGCCUAGCAAGAAAAACUCCAUGAACGGCAUAUGCAACGGCAAAGAGGAGGACCUUGUGCGCAGCGAGUUCGACAUUGAACUUCAAAGUUCCAAGCUUAAUGGAAUUUGUGAUCAACUGGAACAAUGCCAAGGCAGUGUGCCGACUCAGGUGACGAACGUUAAUGCAUCACCGAGAAAUUAA